CUGUUUGGCGCAAUUGUAACGCGAAGAUCGUGUGUCUCUCUCUCAGUGUAGCGGAGAAACGGUCGCGAGUUUAAGUUCUCCGGCUAAAAGGCAGCUUAAUACAUUUGAUUGCGAUUGUUAAUCACGCUCCUACGAUUAAGUACGAAAUUAUUUUGGUUAAUCUAAGUAGUUGUUGGCAUUGUUGUUGUGCGUGUCUACACUGGGCAAUUGCUGGCCGGUGCCGGGGCAGACGAAGUCGCGGCAACGGAUUCGUCGUAUUCGUUACAGCGCGCUGCUGUUUUUAUACAAUUUUUUUGUUUUAUAUUUUGUUUUGUUCGAAAUGUGUCGUAAUUAAAUCAUAUACAUACAAACAUAAUUAUUAUUAUUUAUAUUUAAUUGUUAAAAUAAAAACAACAACAGCGACAGCUGCCAAGCAAGUGAAGUGCGAGAACGGAAAAAGAAGCGCGAUACGCGAAUUAAAGUGUGUGGAGAGUGCGUGCAAUUUGGAAUUGGAGCAACAACAACCGCACGGACAACGCCGCCGCCAAUUGUCGAACUCUUCACAAUCUUUGCACCCUGCCCAGCACGUUUCAAUCAUGUAUGUGUGAGUGUGUGUGCGCGAUUGUGUGUGCGUCUGUGUGUGUGUGUGUGCUGUACGAGCUGCCCACCUGCCGCAUAGGCAAAUCGAGCACGUUAAUUAAAUGUCAACAGUUUUCAAGCUGAGAAGCGCGCGGGACGCGAAAGGACGCGGAGUUCAGACCGAAACUGAAACCGAAGCGGAGGCAGAAGCUGAACCUGAAGCUGAACCUGAAGAGGAAGAGGAAGCAGCAGCAGCAGCAGCAAAUGCGGAGGCUGAAAUAAAAGACGACGGCAACGAAUUGAAAUUGUGCAAAAUGUUUGCAUGACUGUCAAAUAAAUCAUAAGAAGCGCAACAACAACAACAACAACAGCAGCAGCAACAACAACAACAACAGCAGCAGCAGCAACAACAACAACAAGAACAACAAGAAACAUGGUUAAUGCUGUGAUGGAUGCCAUUGCGCUGCUCAGCUCGCUGGCCAGCGAUUUGGAUGUGAUGCUGAAUGAUUUGCGUUCAGCGCCCAAUCAUGGUACGACAACAACAACAACGGCAACAGCAGCAGCAGCAACAGCAGCAACAGCGGUAACAGCAACAGCAAUGACAGCAGCAACUAUUAACCAACAGCAGCAACAACAAUAUCAACAUCAUCAGCAGCAACAGCAACAACUGCAGCAUUCAAGGCAAUUGCAGCUACAACAUUGGCAAAGCAUUAGCAACAACAACAGCAGCAACAAUAACAACAACAAACACAACAACAACAACAACAACAUUAACAACAUCAGCAACAACAACAGCUACAGCUACAGCUACAACAACAAUAAGUACAAUAGCAGCAACAACAAUAUACAGCUGCCACGCCCACAAUGGUUAAGUGAUAUCAAAUUGAGGCCUGUGAAAACGGGUCGACUAACAACAACAACAACAACAACAUCAGCAACGACAACAACUACGCAGCAACAGCAACAGCAACAACAACAACAACAAGCGAAUGGCUUGCAGCGUCGCCGCUUGGCCCCAAAAACAACGCCGCCGCCGCCGCAGCGUCGUUCAACACGGCGACUGCGCAGCGAGCAGCAGCAGCAGCAACAUCAGCAGCAGCAGCUUGAGGCCGAUGCUGAUACGGAUGCCAGCGAUUUGGCCAAUAUGACGUCACCGCUGAGUGCCAGUGCCGCUGCCACGCGCAUCAUUGGCCUCUCGCCGGACGUGAAGAAGCUGCAGAAGCUUCCUCUCUGGUGCCGCAACAACAGCAACAACAACAACAACAACAACAACAACAAUAGCAGCAGCAGCAGCGCAGUCAGUGGGCUAACGGCGCAGCGUCGACUAACAACAACACGCCAGAUCCAGCUACACAAUGUGCAUCAUAGAACAAGUGAACAGCUGACGCCUGCAGCUGCUGCUGCUGCUGCUGCUGCUGCUGGUGCUGCAGUUGGCGUUGCCACGCCCCAAACAGAGAAAACGGAGGCUGUUGUGAGUGCAGUCAAGAGCAGCAACAACAACAACAACAAUAACAACAACAAUAAUGGCAGCGGCAACAAUGCGCAACAGUCACAAAAAUCUCAGCAACAACCGAACAACAACAACAACAACAAAUUGAAUGGCCAAUCAAAUGUCAGCCCGAACAACAACAACAACAACAACAACAACAACAUGACGCCCACCAGCCAGGUGGACGGUAAGCACGGCGACUGUCGACGCAGCAGCAGCCUGGAACCGGAUGCCGAAGACGUUGUCGACCUGGCACAUGGCGGCGCCUUCGAGGACGACACACAGGCUCUGCUGCCCAAAUGCGCGCGCCGCUCAAGAGAUGAGCUCAGUCAGUCACGCACAUCUCUAGUCUCCAGCUCGGAGGGCGGCAUUUUGGCCGAGGGCGAAACAUCUAGCGAGGAGAGCUCCCGUGAUUCCAGCGACAAUUCGCCGCCCUGUGAUUUGGGAUUGAUGGAAAGAUUGCUGCUAACGCAUCCCAUGUGGUUUCUGCCCGGCAUACAGCGUUCCGGUGCCGUACAUUUGCUCCAGGGCAAGGAGGAGGGGACAUUCAUUGUGCGUGGCUCCAGCCAGCCGAACACGAUGGCCGUGUCGGUGCGUCUGCCCCAGGAUACGGGCCCAUAUAUCGAGCACUAUCUGAUCCAGUCGCAGGAGAACAUACUCAGCCUGGAAAGCUCACGGUUCAAGUUCGGCUCGAUUCCGGCCCUGAUCGCACACUAUGCCCAGUGCUGCGAUGAGCUGCCCGUGCAGCUGAUGCUGCCACGCGUUCUGCGCGAGGCGAACAACCGCAAGAAGCUCUCAUCGCUGGCCCUGCUCGGCCAGGAGUUCUGGCGUUAUGCCAGCAGUCCGGCUGUGCUGGGUCCGCCCAUUGCCGCCAAGACAUUUACAGCUGCGAUCACAACUGCCACCUGCACCGAGCAGCAACAGCAGCAGCAGCUGCUUUUAGAUGCCAAGUCGCCGCUCUCACUGACCGAGACCAGCGGCCUGGGCACAGCCACAUUCUUCAGCGAUGCUCUGGCCGCCGGCAAGCCGCCGGCUGUGGCGCCGCCGCAGUCGAUGUUCAGCCCCACGGGCAGCGGCCAGCUGUUGGGCUUCUUCAGCCAGGCGGGUACACCGUCGGACACGAAUUCGAGCAUGAGCUCGUUCUCGACCAGCGGCGGCCAGCAUAUGCAGCUGCUCAGUCCCAAUUCCGUGGAUUCGGUCAUACUAACCAUGUCGCCGGUGGACGCGCAGGGCUAUCUGCCGGGCGGUGCUGCCUUGGAGCCGCCAAUGCAGACAAUGCAGCCGCAUGGCAGCAAUAAUUUGAGCACCUUUAAGACAACAUCGGCGGCUGUGGCAAGCAUUACAGAGCUGGAGCAGGUGCGUCCACAGCGGCCCAAGCCGCCGAACACAUUGAAUCUCAAGCCGCCGGCACCGCCGAUGCGCUGGUCCAAGCCGCAUUCACCGGAUCAGCUGGGCAACAAUUUUACGGUUACCACCACGGUUACAUUUUCCAUGGAGAACAAUAAUGGCGGCAACAAUGGUGGCAACAAUGGUGGCAACAAUGUUGGGGCCAAGUCAAAUCCCGCACAGUUUGUGGAGGUAACAACGCCCGCCUCGAGCAAUCCCUUCAAUGCGCUCCUCAACUCUCAGCCCAGCACCAGCACGUUCCAGACCUUCGCCAAGCGUCUGUCGCCCGAGGGCGAGUGCAAAGAUACGCUCUCCUCGCAGGGCUCCUCCUCCAACGACAGUCGCUGGCAGUCACAAUCCCAGUCGCAGUCGCAGUCCCACUCCCAAUCCAGUCGCGACUCCAGCCACAGCCAGCGCAAGAUUCUCUCUCCGAUGACACCAAACGGCGCUGGCCUCCUCCCCGGCGGCGGCGGCGGAGGCAGCAGCAGCAAGUCACGCAAAUCGCGCAACCGCAAGGAAUCGAAACACUAUCAGGAAUCGGACAUACUGGAGAGUCCGCCAGCGCAGUAUUGCGCCAGCGCGCUGAGCGACAAGAUCAGCGACUACGAGGACGUCUGGACGCACGAUCCCAGCGAUCGGGCCAGUCUGCUGACCAGCUUCAAGCCCGGUCUGGAUAAUCCUGGCGUUCUCAACCGACGACCCGAUCUGCUAGCCGAGACACCCAGCACACCCACACAGCAGCUGCUGUCGCCCUGUGAGGAGAGCGGCGCCAAUCAGGACACCAGCCAGCAGCUGAUGCAGUUCUCCGGCGAUGCACAGCCACGCUCCCGGGCCGGUCUGCUGUUGCCGAAUCUGGCCAACGCUGGCGCGGCGCCAGUCAUGACGCAGUCGCUCACCGAGCAGAGCGGCGGCGAUGGCGAUGAUGGCGGCGAUACCACGCCCACUGCCGCACAGACGCCUGGUUCGCGCAGCAAGCAGGGCAGUCCAUUCUAUGCCGAGCCGGCAGAUGCACUGCGUCAGGCUGGCUUCACCAGCGCUGCGGCGGCAAUAUUGCGGCGACAACAGCGCAGCCAGCUGCUGCCCGCCAAUCAACGGCACUCGGAGCCGCUCAAGGGCGGCCUGGCAACGACGGCGGCGCCGCUGCUGCUGCCCGCCGAGCUGGAGAAGCUCGCCGGCAGCCUGGACGAGCUGAAGCAGAAGCCAAAGCCAAUGGCAAUGGCUCAACAGCCCGCCAAGCGUGGACGCAAUCGCAUCGAGCACUGGCAGCUGGACAGCAGCUGGGAGUUUAUGGCCAAGCAGGAGACCAACGGCGGCGACUACGAGACUGCCGCCGAUUGGCAGGAGAAGGAGAAUUCGUUGGGGCGCGACAAGGAUGCGGCGGGCUCAAAGAAGCGUCCGCUCACCGUACACCAGAUAAUUGCCAAGCGUCUGCCCGACCUCAAUCUGCCGGAGCUGGUGCGCUGCUCGACCCCGCCCCAGACACAGGCGACGACGACGACGGCGGCGCCGCUGCAGGAGAAGGGGAACGUCGAUGGCAGCCAAAAGUCAUUCCAGAGCCAGAACGGAUGUCGGCUCUCCGCGUACGACAACGUGGAACGCAACUGUGCCGCCUUCUGUCAGACCUACUAUGGCGGCAUCGAUUCGGCGCAGUCGGACGACGGCACCGUCUUCUCGGAGCCGUGGGACUCGUCCCAAUGGGACUCCUUCAUGCCCAUGCAGGAUGAUGCCACCAUCAACUCAGACUCCAUUCAUUUGUCCAAGUGCCGACCGGCGCUCUCGGAGGACGACACCAUCAUCGAGGAGUUCAGCAGCACCAAAGACGGCAGCAACAGCAGCUGCAACCAGGAUACGCUCAAGGCCAAUAAAAAUGCCACCAGCGCCGGCGCUGGCAACAACAACAACAACAACAAGGCAAUACGACCCAAAGUGGCCACAAUUUUAAGAAAUCCAAGCAUGCGGGAUCGGGAAAUACUAUGCCAUCCCCGCAACAAGAUCAACGUACAGAGCGUGGGACCUGGCGACUCGCUGCGUGCGUAUACACUGCAGCUGGCCCAAGAUCCGAGCUCCACAUUUGCCCGCAACAUCGAGAACUUCAUCAGCUGCACCAAGGAGUCCAGGGAGGCGGCGCCCCAGGUGGUGAUGCGCAACAUGCGCCAGUUUAUGAGCGGCAUGAAAAACUAUCUGGUCAAGCAUGGCGAGGGCAAGUUCCAUGCCGAGCUGGAGUCGGCUCGAGCGCGCCUCAAGUCCGAUGAGUUUCUCAAUCUGGAUGCCAUGCUCGAGACGGUGAUGCACCAGCUGGUGGUGCUGCCGCUGCGCGAGCAUCUCUACGGCAUCUUUGUGGACUACUACAAGCGCAGCGAGGACAUCCAGCUGCUGGCCCAGAAUGUGCGCUAUGCCUGCGAACGGGAUGCCACCGACUUUGGCAUACGUGCCACAGUUACGCCGCCAUCGCAGACGGCACUCCGUCUCAUUGCCAAUCUAUUGUGGAAGCUGCAGGAGGCGGAGCUGCCACUAGACAAGCUGGAGCUCUUUCUGUGCGUCAUCUCGACCGUGUUCGAUGCGACGGGCUGCCCGCGCGGCCAGCAGCUGGGCGCCGAUGAUUUUCUACCCGUGCUGGUCUAUGUGGUGGCCAAGUGCGGAUUUGUCGGCGCCGAAAUUGAGGCCGAGUUCAUGUGGGGACUGCUCCAGCCGACUCUGCUCAAUGGCGAGCCCGGCUACUAUCUAACCGCACUCUGCAGCGCCGUGCAGGUGCUCAAGACGUUCAUGGCCUCUGAGGGUGAAAGCGGCAGCGGCUCCCUCGACUGGCGAUCAAGCUGCUUGCCGGCGUGCUCCAGCGUGCUGCGUGUCAUCAUACCGGACGAGUGCAAUGGAUCGCUGCAGACGCGAACUCUGCCGGUGCGGCCGCACACGACGACGCGCGAGGUGUGCCGGAUAAUAGCGCACAAGGCGCGCAUUACCAAUCCGCAGGACUAUGCGCUCUUCAAGCUGGUCGAUGGCGAGGAGACGCUGCUCACCGAUGCCGAGUGCCCGCAGGAUGCACGACUCGCUGCCAAGGGCAAGCACUGCAUGUUGGCCUAUAAGCGGAUCGAUGCCAAGAUUGCCUGGCCGACAGCCACCCAGCCGGGCACCCAUUGAUGCCGUUUGUUUUUGCCGCCGACAUGCCAGCGUCCGCGAUCCCGCAACCGCAGUCGACCCCGCCCCCGCCCCCGACCCAGCCCAUGUCCGUGUCCGUGCCCAACGGCCCCAUCUUGCUCACUAACAAGCAUAUUUGAUUAAUAAUUUAUUAUUAUUACAUUAAAAUAUACUUAGUAGCCUGUAAGUAAAGCUAAUUAACGCUAAUACAUCUAAUGUGUACUAAACAAAAACAGUAUUCAGUUAAGAGCGGUUUUUUUUCUUCUCAUCCAUCGCCAACGACACCAACACCAACACCAACUCCAACUCCAACUCAUCAUCAUCAUGAAUAUCUGUAUGAGCACACACACUCACGCAAUCAAAAAUUUUUUUUAUCGCUAAUAAAUAUACGAAUAUAAACAUAUAUAAACUAUGUAUACAACUAUAUAUACCAUAUAGAUAUACAUAUAACAUAUGUAGUGCGUAGUAGGCCAAAGUUAUAGCACAAGGCCAAUUAUUCUAGAGGAAACAUCUACACAGACACACAUACACACACACAUUCACUCUCACACACCUAUACGUGUAUUGCACUCUUGAAAAGCGGUUUGCAAUCCAGCUACAAAUACAUCUACGAUCUAUAAGCCAUAUAUCAAUUCUUCGACCAAUUACUGCAACUAAAAAACAAUCACAAUUUUAAUAGAGCACACACACAUACCCACACACAUACACACACACUCACACGCCAAGGCAUUUAUAGCUGUUUUUUUUACUUGGGAGGGUUAAAAAAUACAACACAACAUCUAACACAUUUAUUUACAUAUAUAUAACGUAUUAAUAUUAACGUUUAACUUUAAUAUUUAUGUACAACUAAAACCAACAACUGCUAUUGGAAAUCGUAAUUUUUUUUUGUUUUUUUUUUUAAUGUAUACUUUGUAAAAUAUAGCAAACCACAAGGCAAUUAUUUAAUGAAUAAUAAAACAAUAAUAAUGGAA